AUGGAUGAAUACCAGAAGCAUGUAGAGAUGAAGGUCCAAGCUUUAGGCAAAUACCACCAGUUUCUUAAAAACACAUUGCAGAUCGUUGUAUCAGUUGCUUUUCUGUCCAUUUUCCUUUGCCACUCUUCAAGCUUCGCCUACUCUUUGUUCCCAUAUUCAUUCAAUGUCUAUUUCUCCACUUUCCUUUUCUCACUAUUCACCCACACACUCGAGAGGAAGUACAUGUUCCUCAUCUGCAACGGAAUCCUCGCUUUCAUAGCCAAAACCUCCGUCUCUAGCCGGCCGAAAGCUUUAGAAGUUGAUGGCGGUGGUGAGUAUGAUAUCCGUCACGUGCCUUUAGUCGUUGAAGUACCAGAAGAUAGUUGUGGAGACGAAGUUGAAUCUCGGAGAGAAGAAGAAGAAAGUGAAGCAUCUGUGGUUGUGGAAGAUGAUACCAAUGGCGGUGAAGAAGACAAACAAAGAAAGAAACGAUGGUCGGCGGCUGAUCAAGAACAGGAUGAGGUCAGUAUCAGCACGGAGGAAUUGAACAGGAAGAUUGAAGAAUUCAUAAGGAAAAUGAAGGAAGAAAUCAGGAUUGAAGCACAACAACAACAACAGAUGGUUGCAUCUAAUUAA